AUGGACGACUCAAGGUCAUCCGAUAUAGAUACAGGUGAAGACGAGGUAGAUGACAACACCUCUGGUGAUGAAUCGUCAUCCACGACGACAACAACAACGACAACCACAACUACGACAUCAUCGUCAUCGUCCAACUCUUUACAGACGACCAAAUCAAUAAUAGAUGGAUCUCCAAAGUUGAGAGACAAGGCAGAGAUCGUUGCAGAGUUGGAGGCGCUGGUGGCUGAGAAGGAGUCGAUCGAGUCAAAGUACGCAAGCAUCGAGCGACAGAUAUAUGCGUUGGAGGGGCGCUACCUGGAGGACACGCACCACAUUGGCAACGUGAUCCGUGGCUGGGACGGCUACCUCUCGGGCAGUGGUGCCCUCAAGAAGCUGCGAUGGCGAGAGGUCGACAGAGUAUUUUCACAAUCAUCCAUUACCUAUCAAGACUCGAUAAGCGAUAAGAGUGCUAAUGAUGUACCAUUUAAAGAGGAGGAUGAGGUCAUAAGAAGGAAGAAGACAACCGACAAGAUUAAGAAGAGAAGUCAAGGAUAG